GUGACGUUCUACCGCCCGGCCUACACGGUGUUUGAUUGCGGGAAGAGGGCGCGGGGCUGGAUGGGGGCUACGGCCCGGCUGAGGAGUGGGUGAAAGGAUCUGGCCGACUAAGGGAGGCUCCGCUUCGGCUCCGUGCUUGAUGGUAGCGGCGAGUCUGUCUCCCCGGCCGACUUAGCUCGCUCUUGGGCAGAGAGAGAGAAGGACGACAAUUGGAGGAACCGUCUGUGGGAAGAUGUCUUCUGGGCUCAGGACAGCGAGUUUCCCCGCCUGGAAGCGCCACAUCCUGGACGAGCUGAGGCGACGGGAUCGGCUCCAGAGACAGGCCUUUGAAGAGAUCAUCUUGCAGUAUAACAAAUUGCUGGAGAAGUCAGAUCUCCAUACAGUGCUGGCUGACAAGCUACAAGCAGAAAAAUAUGACUUGCCAAGCCGGCAUGAGAUCAGUCCAGGACAUGAUGGUACAAGGAAUGAUGUUCACUUGCAAGAAAUAGCCCAGCUAAGAAUUAAACAUCAAGAGGAAUUGACAGAGCUACACAAGAAACGUGGCGAGUUGGCCCAAUCUGUGAUUGAUCUGAACAACCAAAUACAACAGAAGGACAGAGAAAUGCAAAUCAAUGAAGCAAAGAUUGCAGAAUAUCUGCAAAAGAUAUCGGAGCUAGAAACAGAGUGCCAGGAACUGCGCAACAUGCUGCAAGAUCUUGAACGAGCCAAUCAGACUCUUAAGGAUGAGUAUGAUGCUCUGCAGAUCACCUUCACAGCGCUAGAAGAGAAAUUAAGAAAAACAACUGAAGAUAACCAAGAACUGGUGACUCGUUGGAUGGCAGAGAAGGCUCAGGAAGCUAAUCGUCUCAAUGCAGAAAAUGAGAAAGACUCAAGAAGGCGACAGGCCAAACUUCAGAAAGAACUAGCGGAAGCUGCCAAGGAACCACUGCCAGUCGAACAGGAUGAUGAUAUUGAAGUGCUUGCAGAUGAAACCUCAGAUGCAGCUGAGGAUACAUCUCCAGUGCGUGCUGUCAGUCGGACAGCCAGUAAGCGACUUUCCCAGCCAGCUGGAGGCCUUCUGGACUCUAUCACUAAUAUCUUUGGUCUGUCUGAGUCUCCCCUUUUGGGACAUCACUCUUCUGAUGCCGCCAGGAGGCGCUCUCAGUCCUCAAUUUCCGUCCCCCAAGAUAAUGUUGAUAAACAUCCGGGUGCAAGCAAAGAUGUGCGAGUCCCUACUACUGCAGUGUGUGUUUUUGUCGCUCACGAUGGGGAAGUGAACGCAGUCCAGUUUAGCCCUGGCUCUCGGUUACUGGCAACAGGUGGCUUGGACCGGAGGGUAAAACUCUGGGAAGUCUUUGGAGACAAGUGUGAAUAUAAAGGUUCCCUGUCUGGCAGUAAUGCGGGUAUUACAAGCAUAGAGUUUGAUAGUGCUGGUUCUUACCUAUUAGCAUCUUCGAAUGACUUUGCCAGUAGGAUCUGGACUGUAGAUGAUAAUCGGUUACGGCACACUCUCACAGGGCACAGUGGAAAAGUCUUGUCAGCCAAAUUUCUGCUGGACAAUGCACGCAUUGUGUCGGGGAGCCACGACAGAACCCUCAAGCUGUGGGACCUACGCAGCAAAGUCUGUAUAAAGACUAUAUUUGCAGGCUCCAGCUGCAAUGAUCUGGUCUGCACAGAACAAUGUGUGAUGAGUGGACACUUUGACAAGAAAAUUCGCUUUUGGGAUAUUAGAACUGAGAGCACAGUACUAGAAAUGGAACUGCUUGGUAGGAUUACAGCUCUAGAUCUCAACCCAGAAAGAACGGAGCUCCUCUCCUGUUCUCGAGAUGAUUUGUUGAAGAUUAUUGAUCUUCGUGUCAAUGCUGUUAAGCAGACUUUUGGUGCCCAAGGUUUUAAAUGUGGGUCUGACUGGACCAGAGUUGUAUUCAGCCCUGAUGGCAAUUAUGUGGUGGCUGGCUCAGCAGAUGGGUCCCUUUAUAUUUGGAAUGUGCUCACUGGAAAAGUGGAGAAGGUGCUCUCCAAGCAUCACAGCAACUCUAUCAAUGCCGUGGCAUGGUCACCAUCGGGAGUCCAUGUGGUCAGUGUGGAUAAAGGAAACAAGGCUGUCCUGUGGUCUGACUUUUGAUUCGAAGGUGCAAGUGCCAGCAUGCCAAAAACCUGCAUGGGAGAGCAAUGGUCUGUGUCUGGACAGAAUUGGCGUUCCAGUCAGUGAUCUUUUGCUAAGUGCGUAGGUUUGACUUUAGGAAAGAAGUCUGAUGCAGCAGCUAAGGAAGACAAGCCCUUCCACUCUAAAGUACGGUGCUGAGAUGCAGCCUCCGUGAAGGACUGGGAGAACAAAUAGGCUUUAAGAUGCACCGUUUGUGCACUGGAAAGAGUUCUUGCACCAGGCAGCAGUGCCAAACGAUUCCUUAAAUAAUUGUAUUGAGCACUUCAUGCUUAGGAGUACUUUAGCAAAGUUCCUGGGUGUGCUGAUGUUAUGCAUGUACUGUCAUCCGUGUUCUCUUCUGUGGAUUAGCAAAAGAUGUGAGGUGAAGAGUCCUGAAGCAUAGAAAGGGGUGGGUCUCAACUGUGAUAUUACUUGAAUGAGUCCAUGGUUUUGGCAGCUGUGUCCACAGUGCCUCAAGCACUUAGUGAGUCACAGCUCCCUGCAUUGGCUUUGCCUGUAACAGGGGGAUCUGCCCAUUUUGCAGAGAUGCUGCAUCCUCCAAAGGCUUUCCAGGUGGCAGUGGAGCAGAAACUUUUUUAAGUUGACCCAAUUUUGUCUUGGGUAUUAAUUGUGGGGAGUGACUGCUGCUGUGGUAAAGAAUGUAUUAAAAACAUGACUUCGGCACCAAAUAUGUGAUUAUUUCUGCUGUCCUCCUGUACCGGAGCCUCAAGCGCAGAAGAGUGAGGGGAAAUAGAGCCCUGAAUGUAAAUGUUCUGGUGCUGGCAAAUCCAGAUCACUUGCCUGUGUGUGCAAUAUUCUUCCUGUGCUGGAGCUCUCCCUUUGCCCGUGAGCAGAUUUGUUGACCAGUGUCUCCUGGCAAUCAAAUGCACAGCGUGGUCUGGGGAGAACGAGCUUGUGCCGUUGCGCGUUCGUCCAGCCAAACACUUCUCCAUGUCCACUGGGCCUCAAGACACACCAGCAUUUAAUUGCCUUUUAAUUUGCACUUUAAUUUUGCUUCCUUCCUAAGCUUGUUUUAUAUGGAAGUGUGUUCCUAUUGAAGGGCAGAAGUGAGCAGGAAUUCUUUCUGUGGGGUUCUCAGUAAUGGACCUCUUCAUAUUUUGAAAGCUUCUGCUGAGGAAAACAGGACAACCCUUAUUUAUUGUAUUAAUCCGCCCACUAGUACUUGACUGAUUAUAAAUAAACCUUGUGUCCUGCUUCUAAAC